CAAUUCGGAAUUAUACAUCAUUCUCUCCUCCAAAAUUUACCGUUUUUGCUUCCUAUCCGUAAAAAUAAAAUAUCUACCAGUUAUCAGACAGACGAUUUUAAGAAUUUCUCACACACUUGGACCAUACGAUGUUCGAGUCACGAAAACCACUAAAUACCAUGGCUAGUGAUGGUAAGCUACACAUUGUGGUAUUCCCAUGGUUAGCCUUCGGUCACAUGAUUCCGUUCUUAGAACUCGCCAAACGCAUCGCUAAAAGGGGUCACAAAAUUUCCUUCCUAUCAACCCCAAGAAACAUUGAACGGUUGCCAAAACUCCCUCUGAAUUUAGCCCCAGCGAUCGCCUUAGUAAAACUCCCAUUACCCGCCGUCGAUGGCCUGCCAGAAAACGCCGAGGCUACCUCUGACGUCCCCUCCGAAAAGGUCCACUUCCUCAAGAAGGCCUUCGACGGUCUCGAGCCCGGGUUGACUCAGUUCUUACAAACUUCAAAUCCUGAUUGGAUUAUUUACGAUUUUGCCCCUUAUUGGUUACCCCCGAUCGCGGCCAAGCUCGGUAUAUCACGUGGCUUUUUCAACGCGGUCAACGCCUGGUUUUUGGCCUUUUUGGGACCGUCGACCAACAUGAUAGACGGUUCUGAUCCACGUACAAAGUUAGAAGAUUACAUGGUCCCGCCUAAGUGGGUCCCGUCUAAUUCCAACUUAGCCCACCGGUACUACGAGAUCAAGUGGAUUGUAGAGGGUGCCCAGAAUAUCACCGCGGAUGUGUUGGACACGUAUCGCCUCGGAUCGGCAAUUAUCGGGUGUGAAGUGCUCGCCACGCGCGACUGCGAAGAGUUCGAACCUGAUUGGUUGAAAAUUCUCCAAGAGCUAAAUAAAAGGACUGUUUUACCAGUUGGACUAAUGCCCCCCUCGGUGCAAGAUAGCCUUGACACAAACGACCCGUGGGUUUCAAUCAAAGGCUGGCUAGAUGGACAAACAAAGGGAUCGGUGGUUUACGUGGGACUCGGAAGUGAGUUGGCACUGAGUCAAGAAACACUCACUGAGUUGGCUCUUGGGUUAGAGCUAUCUGAAUUGCCCUUCCUUUGGGCUCUCAGAAACCUACCUGGCUCCACCGAGUCUGACCCGGUGCAACUGCCAGAUGGGUUUGAGGACCGAAUUAAAGGCCGUGGAGUCGUGUGGACAAGUUGGGUGCCUCAACUUAGGAUACUAGCCCAUGACUCGGUGGGUGGAUUCUUGACUCAUUGCGGUUGGAGUUCGAUUAUUGAGGGUCUUCAGUUUGGGCAUCCACUUAUUAUGUUGCCUUUUAUGGUUGAGCAAGGGCUGAAUGCAAGGAUUUUUGAGAAAAAUCAAGUGGGAGUAGAAAUACCAAGAGAUGAUCGAAACGGAUCGUUGGGGAGGAACUCGGUAGCUGACUCAAUUCAGUUGGUCAUGAUUCAGGACAAGGGACAAACUUACAGGAAUAAAGCUAGAGAUAUGAGAGUUUUAUUUGGUGACAAGAUCCGACACGAACAAUACAUAGACAACUUUGUUGAGCAUCUUCAAAACCAUAGACAGAUUCACAAGCGUUGAGUACUCUGUUGUAUAUUUUUCUGUUCAAAUAAGAAACGAAAGGUUAAAUCCAAAUACUAACACAGAGUCACGUUGUAACUCAGGGCACAAAAAAGGGUUCUGUAUUUAUUUCUUCUAGGAUCUGCAGUUUAAUUUGAGAUGUUCAUUUUGUCAUUCACGUUAGAAAGGAGAUCGAUCGGAUA